AUGGGAUCUUGGUUGGUUCAUGACACUGAUUUCCUGCGCGCCGUGGAUGUUCUCCAGGUCGACGAAGACUUGCUCCAGAAACAACAAGAAGCCUACAAAGUCGAGGGUGUGGACGAGAACGAGCAAAUCACCGCUCAGCAAUUGAAGAAGAAACGGAAGCAGCAGACGAAUUCCGACGAGGUCAGUCAAUCUUUUUCCUAUGGUGCACUGGCUGUGUCCGUGCUAACCGACGAUAUGACCGACAUGCAGGGCAACAAGCAGAAGAAGCAGCGCGUCAACACCGCCGUCUACGUGACUUCCAUCCCUCUCGACGCGGAUUUCGAGGAGAUUCAACAUGUCUUUUCUAAAUGCGGCGUCAUCGCGGAGGAGAUCGACAGUGGUCGUCCGCGAAUCAAGAUGUACAUGGAUGACGAGGGGAAGUUCAAGGGAGAAGCUCUGAUCGUGUACUUCCGGCCGGAAUCGGUCAACCUCGCCAUACAGAUGCUGGACGACUCUGAUUUCAGACUUGGUGUGACCGGCCCGCAGGGACCUAUGAAGGUCCAGGCUGCGGACUUUUCCUUCAAGAGUCAGAAAGAAGCGCCAACCAAGACCAGCAUGAGAGACAAGCGGAAGAUUAUGCAGCGUACACAGAAGCUCAACAGUAAAUUGGCGGAUUGGGAUGAUGAUGAGCCGUCUGCGCUGCCCGACACCAACUCCCGAUUCGAGAAGAUUGUCAUCCUCAAGCACAUGUUUACUCUGAAGGAACUGGAUGAGGAUCCCGCGGCGAUUCUCGACAUCAAGGAAGAUAUUCGAGAGGAAUGCUCCAAGUUGGGAGAAAUCACUAAUGUUGUGUUAUAUGAUAAGGAGCCCGAAGGUGUGGUUAGUGUUCGCUUUGCUGAUCCAGAGGCGGCGCGGAACUGUGUUCGGGUCAUGGAUGGCCGUUACUUUGCAGGAACACGGGUCGAGGCCUACAUCUCGGACGGCAGUGAGCGGUUUAAGAAGACCAAUGAGAAGCGGGCGGCGCUGGAAGAUUUGGCGGAGAAGGGCUUUGACGCGGAGGACGAGGAGGAACAACGACUGGAUGAGUUUGGGACAUGGCUGGAGAGCUCUCACACGGUGGAGAACACGGCGAAGUGA